AUGGAUCAAAUUGAUUUCGUUCCAUCCAAAGAGGCCAUCUCCACACAAAUCAAAAACUUUCAAUCAGAUUCCACCCUCCAAUGGCUCUUCUUUGCCUAUCAAGAAUUAGAUGCUUCCAACAACAAUAACAAAUCAAAAGGAGUUUCCAACAAGAUUGAAAUCUCACGCACAGGACAUGAACCUCUUGACAAGACUCAACUCGAACAACUUCGCAAUACAUCCUCUGCUCAAGAAUCCAUCACUGGUUAUUUGACACCUUUCAGUUUCAAUUACUUUAUUGCUCGUAUUGAUGCUAAUCGUUAUAUUUUCAUCAAUUGGAUCGGAACCAAAACUAAAACUCUCAUGAAAACUCGUGCCAUGACUCAUCGAAUGGAAAUUAAAUCAUUGGCAGAAAAGUUGCUUUCCAUGAAUUUUGUAUUCGAUCACAAUGGUGUCGAUGAAUUUGACAAGUUGAUUCGUAUUGUGGAAGAAUCUCAAAAGUUUGAAUUUGAAAAUAUGAAAGACAAGACUCCAACGAGUAGUAGUAGUAGUACUAGCUCUACCUUCUCUGCAGUUGCUUCCAAUUAUCAAUCAGUAGUGACUUCUCCUCGUUCUGCUGCAACUUCUUCAUCGAACAGUAGUGCUGGCAUGACCACUAGUACUAAUAGCUCGAGUGUCACUAGCAAUUCAAGUCACAGCUCCACACAGAGUGCUCAAAAAUCAUCCACUCUCAUGAAUCGUUACAAUCCUUCGGUAUCAGCUGCUUCGUCAUCAAGUAGCUCUUCUUCUGAAGAGGCUCUUUUACACAAUCGAAGACAUCAACGUACAAGUAGUAAGCCACCAAAACUCGGACUUGCUGCCAUCAUGAGACAGGUGUUAAAAAUUGAUGAAAGUAAUAUUCAACCCUUGUUGAAAUCUCGUUCCUUUGCUUGGCUCUUGUUGGGAUACAAUUCUGAUGGAUUAUGUCAAAUAGAAGGACAAGGCCAAGAACAAAAUGUUUUUCCUUCCGCAUUGUUUGAUGCACUCAAAGAAGACGAUAUGCAAUACAUUAUUUUGAAAUGGAUAUUGUCCAAUACUGGAUACGGAGGAGAUGUUGAAAAGACUUACUUUUUGUCAUUUGUUGGAAGUGCUGUGAACUCGGUUCGUCGUGGUAAAGUGAAUCAACACAAACAAGAAGUUUAUGACUUUAUUAACAAACAUUUCCAAUUGGGAGGUGAAGUCACCAUUACCAAUGAAGAUGAAUUAACUGUAGAUUAUAUUCAAAAUUUAAUGUUAGGUAACAGAAGUGCUGUUCCUGUUGCUGUGACUGAUUGGGGUACUCCAAAGUAUGUUCCUCCUCCAUCGGAAGCUAUUCACACUGAGAUUCCAUUAUUGAAAUCUCCAAGAAGCGAUCCAUUAAGAUCUCCAAGAAAGGAUUCUCAUCUUAAAUCUCCAAGAAAAAGUUCCAUGAAAUCUAAGGACACAUCCACCACUACAACCACAGAUUCUACUGACUCAGGUUCUUCUUCUGCUCCAUUACCAAGAAAGGGAAGUGAAAUUUUGAGCAAGAUUAAACUCGGUUAUAAGGAAGGUAAAUUGAAGGGAAUUAAGGUGAGAACUCCUGAAGAUGUUGAUCAACCCCCUGCAUUGACAACUACCAAUGCUUCACAAAAUGCUUCCAAUGAGGGUACCAUUCCAUCUCCAACAUCCAGAACGGACUCUCCCAACAGCGCAAGAAGGAAAAAAUCCGUUCACAAAGGAGGUGUCCAUAACUUUUCGAUGGACAAUAUGGAUAAGCUCACUAGAAAUUUGAUCAAAAAGAAAGAUCCAAAGAGAGUGACUGCUUUGGUCUAUGGUCAAAAUUCAAUUAGAAUUGAGGAUGAGGAAAGAGCCAUUGAUAAAUUGUAUGACUUGAAAGAGCCACUUGAAUUGGAUACCAUGUGGGUUCUUUUCGGAUAUCCUAAUGAGAAAUCUCUCAAUAUUUUAACAGUAGCUGAUAGUGGAUCAAAACCACUUCCAAACGAUUCGGAGACCAUUGAAAAGCAUUUACAGGAUGAUGCUGUCAAAUAUUUUGUUCACAAAUACUAUGUUGAAAGAAAUUCGAGAAUUGAAGCCAAAUUCAGAAUUAUCAUUUGGAGAGGAAAAGGAGUUAGAUCUUAUUUUAAGGCCAUUUGUACGAACCAUGCGAUGAAACUCUCUUCAUCUAUUAAUGCUGUCAUUCCAAACGUUGAUGCUGAGCCACUUGUUUUCACAGAAGUCACAUCUGUGAAAGAUGCUAAAAUUGCACUCGAAAGUGCUGGUACACCGCUCGAGCCAGAAGUUGCUGUCAAGAAAUUACAGGAAAAGUUUGCACAAGCAGCUGAACGUGAGAAAACUCCAGUGACUUCACCUUCGAAUCGCAGUGCAGCAAGAAGAGUUUCCAUGAAGAAGGCAGGUUAUGACACUGGAAUUGGAGGUGGCUUAAAGGUUCUCAAUGAAGAUGAUUUGAUUGAUAGCAUGAAGGAACUGCAAAGUGAUUCCAAUGACAUUUCUUGGGUCAUGAUUUCUUACAAGGAUUCCAAGACUUUACAAUUGGAAGAUAAGGGAACUGGUACUGCUGAAUCAUUUAAAUCUAAAUUGACAGAUGACAAGGUCUUUUACAUUUUGUACAAACAAUUUUUGGAAGAAUUGGGAGGAGCUCCAAAAGCAAUUCUUAUUGCUUGGGUAGGUCAAGAUGUGAAACCAAUGGCUAAAGCAUCAACCACUCCACACCGUAUUGCACUCUUCAAGUAUUGCUUACGUCAUGUCUCCUUGUCAAGUGAAUAUCAACCAAUUAGUAUCAAUGAAUUAGAUAACGACUCGAUUUUUGGAAAAGUUUCUGGAGGAUCAAAGGGUUCAGCAACUGCUGGUGUAAUUUCCAAGUCCUUUGGUGGUAAGAGUCAAUCUUUGACCCUAGUCAACGAAACGACCAUUAUGGAAGCCAUUCAAGAUUUGAAGGAUGACAACACUCCAACCAAUUGGAUCAAACUUGGUUAUAAUGGAUCAAAUUCUCUUCAAUUUGAAGAGAAAGACCUAUGUCGAACACAGUCCAAGAUUGCACUCAUUACUUGGGUUGGUACUGGAGUCACGGCUGGUACUGCCAAAGCUCGAGCUACUACUCAUCAACUUGAAUUAGAAUCAAUCACAAAGAAAGUGACACCUGUUGCUGCAUUGUAUCAAGCUCUUGAAAGAGAAGAACUUAAAGAAGAAUUGAUUCACAAGAAAGUUGCAGGUUCUGCCAUUAUUUCAGCUCCAACAGCUGUUUCAAAGGGCAACUUUGGAGGUAGAGAUUCGAAUUUAAAGUUUGACGAUGAUCAAGCAGUUCUUGAGGCAUUUAAGGAAUUGAGAGGAAAUAGUGGUAUUCGAUGGCUAUUGUUUGAAUAUGUUCCUGGAAAUCAAUAUACAGUGAGUGUGACACACAGAGGAAAAGGAGGUGUGAAAAACUUUAAACAAUAUCUCACCAAUGACACUGUCUGUUAUGUGGUCAUGCGUUUGACAUUUAUGGAAUAUUCUGAUAUUGCAAAGGCCAUUGUUGUGACAUGGGUUGGUGAAAAUGCUCCAAGUUUCCAAAAAGCUCUCUCUGGUGGUCACAGAAUUAAUUUAUACGAAUUUACAAGAAAACAAAUCUCAGUUGGUGGUGAAUAUCAACCCGAAAGCACUGAAUCUUUGACCGAUGAAGAUUUACUUUCUAAAAUUACUGGAACCAAGAAUGACAAUGCAGGAGAUGCUUUGGAAGAAAAGAUUCAACAACAAAGAACCUUUGAAAGAGAACGUAUUGUUCAAGUUCAACCAACCAUUGAAGUCAAAGACGCUAAACAAUACACUGGAGAAUUUAAAGAUAUUGAAUUCAAUGGCAAAGAAGACAUUAAGAAAGCUCUUGCAAAUUUGGCUGAAAAGUGUCGAAAUGAACAACAUGAUAAGGCACUUGAAAAUGCAAGUGUGAAUUACAUCAAGAUGAAACUCACUGGAAAGGAGCUUCGUGAUGUCAUGGUUGAGGAAUCUGGAGAUAAUGCUCUGACGAUGAAUGGAGAGAACAUCAUUUAA